AUGAACGCAGAUCAUGCACCACCGCGCCCCGGGGCUGUCCUCAGGCGGGCAGACUACGCCUACUUCUUCAUUUACGAGAUGACCGACCCUGUCACGAUCACGGCACUCUCUGCCCCGGGCAAGGUUCUCCUGACCGGCGGAUAUCUAUGUCUGGAUCGGGCCUACACCGGCACCGUCUUUGCCCUGGACGCCCGCAUCCAUGUCGUGGUCCAGCAAUUGAAGAGACCCCGCAGCGCCAACGCGCCAGCAGGAGAAACUGAACCCGAGGAGGGGACCGUCAUUGUGCGCUCCCCGCAGUUCCUCGAUGCGGUCUGGGAAUAUGGCGUGCAGCGGUGCGAGAAUGGUGGGGGAGUCAAGGCGGUCCAAAAGGGGGAUGGCAAGCGCAAUCCUUUUGUGGAAACAUCUCUGAGCUAUGCCUUGACCUACAUCAGCUACGUGGCUGAUUCCAAGAACUUUGGUUCUUUGUCUGUUACCAUCUUGGCUGAUAGUGAUUAUUACUCUGAGACGGGACCGAAGAGCUCCGAUGAUGAGGAAGAUGACUUCAUCACUCGAUUUAUGGACUUUGGUGUGCCUCUCUUUGAGGCUCACAAGACCGGUUUGGGCUCUUCGGCCGCGCUGGUUACCGCACUGGUCUCAUCCCUGGUCAUCCACCGUACCAUGCAGCCCGAGGAUCUCGGUUCUGGCCGUGACAAGCUGCACAAUCUUGCGCAGGCUGCUCACUGCGCAGCCCAAGGCAAGGUCGGAUCUGGAUUUGAUGUUGCUAGCGCCAUCUAUGGGUCCUGUCUGUACCGCCGGUUCUCGCCUUCGAUUCUGGAAUCGAUCGGCGACGUGGGCUCGGACGGAUUUGAAGAACGUCUCUUCGCCAUCGUGGAGGACUCUGACCCCAAGCACACAUGGGAUACCGAGUGUGUCGACUUCGGCAUGCAUCUUCCCCAUGGCAUGCAACUUGUCCUGUGCGACGUGGACUGUGGCUCCCAGACUCCCUCAAUGGUCAAGAAGGUCCUUGAGUGGAGGAAGAACAACCGCGAUGAAGCAGAUGUGCUCUGGGCAAGCCUGCAGAACAAUAACGAGAAGCUCCGCCAAGAGCUCAAGCGCCUGGCCCAACAUCCCGGUGCCAACCAAGGGGACUUUACCGACAUUGGGGCCUUGAUUCAACGCACCCGCCAGCAUAUUCGCACCAUGACCCGCCGGACGGGUGUUCCCAUUGAACCCAGCAUCCAGACCGAGUUGAUCGACAGUCUUACAGAGCUUGAAGGCGUAAUUGGAGGCGUGGUCCCCGGCGCAGGAGGCUAUGACGCUGUCGCACUUUUGAUCCAGGAUGAUCUCGAUACGCUGGAGCGCGUGAAGGAGCACGUUGCGAACUGGACGAGCAAGGUCGAGGAUGACUUUGGAGGGAAGAUCGGCAAUGUACGACUGCUCGGUGUGCGUCACGGUUCCGAGGGCGUGCGAAACGAAGGGUUAGGACAGUAUGAAGGCUGGAUUUAG